GCUCGUUCAUUGAUUUACCAAAACGGUAAAUGAUAAACAGUUUAACCGUUAUUCCAAAAUUACUUUGGAUAAACAUUGAAAUAAUCCUAAUUUUAAUUUUCACUGCUACCUGCGCUAAAAAACCUACGGAUUUUUUUCCCCGAAAGGAAUCUGACAUAUGUCAGUGUCAAAAUAUGAUUCAUACAUGGUUUUGAAAGGAUUGUUGAAAACAAAACAUUUUUCCACGGAUGUGAAGUGAAUUCUAAAAUUGUAACGAGAACAUAUAGAAGUCUGAAUGAUUUAAAUGAAAUGAUUUUACCCUAAUAGUUCUUAAUUUAUGCACAACAAUGCAAAACGCAGAUUCUCAGAGCACUAUUGCAAAAUCCUCUAGAGAGAACAUUCCUUUGAUCUUGAAAACGUCUAAUAAAUCGAUGUGGAGCUGUUUUUGUUCCGUUUUCAAAAGAUGCUGCGGUCCAAGGGAAUUGAGGUCUCGCACCAUUUUGCUGGGAAAACCCACACAAGGACAAUUUCCUGCCAAUGCUAUAAGGAAUCAAAAAUACAACAUCAUAACUUUCUUGCCGCUUGUUCUGUUUCAGCAAUUCAAAUUCUUUUUGAAUUUAUACUUCUUAUUGAUGGCCCUCAGCCAAUUUGUUCCUGAUAUUAGAAUUGGAUAUUUAUAUACAUAUUGGGGACCACUGUGCUUUGUUUUACUAGUUACUAUCUGCCGAGAAGCAGUUGAUGAUUUGAGGCGGCAUAAAAGAGAUCAAGAAGUAAAUAAUCAGAAAUGUAAAAGGCUGUUAAAUGAUAGGAAUAAACUUUUUGAAAUAGUACCAGCAUCAAAAUUGAAGGUUGGGGAUAUCAUAAUGGUUGAUAAAGAUGAGAGAGUACCAGCUGAUUUGAUUCUCCUUCGUACAACAGAAAAAAGCGGAGCCGUUUUCAUUCGUACAGAUCAGUUAGAUGGAGAAACCGAUUGGAAAUUGAGGCUAGCAGUACCUCAGACACAAAAGCUAGGUGCUGAUCAUCAAUUGUUUGAAAUGGAUGCCAGUAUCUAUGCUGAAAAGCCUCAGAGAGAUAUACACUCGUUCAUUGGAACAUUUACCAGGUUGGAUUCUCCAAAUUCCGAUGAGAGUUUGGAUCUCGAAAAUACCUUAUGGACUAAUUGUGUAAUAGCUUCCGGGCAAGCACUUGGCGUUGUAAUUUAUACAGGUCCAGAGACCAGAUCUGUAAUGAACAAUUCACAACCACGUUCUAAAGUAGGUCAAUUGGAUCUUGAAAUCAACACCAUUACUAAACUCCUGUUUGUGGCUGUAAUCGGAUUGGCACUGAUUAUGAUGGCUCUUAAAGGGUUUAGUGGACCCUGGUAUAGAUACAUGUUCCGAUUCGUUCUACUUUUCUCCUAUAUCAUACCAAUCAGUUUGAGGGUCAAUCUUGAUAUGGGUAAAUCAUACUACUCUUAUGCGAUCGGAAAAGAUCCUGCUAUGAAAGGAACAGCUGUAAGAUGUACUACAAUUCCAGAAGAACUAGGAAGAAUUUCUUAUUUACUCUCUGACAAAACGGGAACAUUGACUCAGAAUUCCAUGGUACUGAAAAGAAUCCACCUUGGUACUGUUAGUUAUGCAGCCGACACAUUUGAUGAUAUCAGCAUGAUAUUGAAAAGUGCCUAUUCUUCAACCGAAAGUGCUACGAAUACGAUGGGUAGUAAAUUUCGAAGAAUGGAAAAUACCAGGGUGGUCGAUGCAGUGCAGGCACUGGCAUUAUGCCAUAAUGUUACCCCUGUCUAUGAGAAAAACGUUGAUGGAGAUGAAGAUGCUAGCGAUUUGAGUUCUGUGAUAACCGAAGUUGAAGCAGAUCAACACAUGCGUUCUUCCGAUAAUGACAAUGUAAUUUAUCAGGCUUCCAGUCCAGAUGAAAUAGCAUUGGUUAAUUGGACAAGGGGGGUUGGUUUAACAUUGAACAACCGGGAUUUGACUUCAAUACAGCUUCAAGCGCCUGAUGGGAGGUUUUUGAAUUACUCCAUUCUCCAAGUAUUUCCGUUCACAAGCGAAACUAAAAGAAUGGGUAUCAUAGUCAAGGAUUUGCAGUCUGGAAUGAUUUAUUUUUACUUGAAAGGAGCCGAUGUUGUAAUGACUUCGAUUGUACAAUAUACCGAUUGGUUGGAGGAAGAAGUGGGAAAUAUGGCAAGGGACGGCCUGAGAACGCUGGUCGUAGCUAAGAAAACUUUGACAGAAGAACAGUACAGAGAUUUCGAACAAAGAUACAAUGCCGCUCGACUUUCAGUUUCUGAUAGGAUGAGUAGGGUGUCACAGGCUAUCGAGUCUCUGGAAAGAGAGAUGGAACUUCUGUGUGUAACCGGAGUGGAAGACAAAUUACAAGAAAAUGUGAGACCGACCCUGGAACUUCUAAGAAAUGCCGGUAUCAAAAUUUGGAUGCUCACUGGGGAUAAAUUAGAAACCGCAUGUUGUAUUGCGAAGAGUUCAAGGCUGGUAUCCAAAUCACAAGGAUUGCACAUACUGAAGAGAGUGGUCACCAGGACCGAUGCUCAUUUGGAAUUGAAUGCCUUCAGGAGAAAACAGGGAUGUGCUCUGGUAAUAAGUGGAGAAAGUUUGGACGUUUGUCUGUCAUACUAUCAGCAAGAAUUCAUGGAAUUAGCUACUGCCGCACCAGCUGUUGUGUGCUGUCGGUGCUCUCCGACACAGAAAGCAGAAGUUGUGCAACUGAUUCAAAAACACACAGGUAAGCGAACGGCAGCUGUGGGCGAUGGUGGCAACGACGUCAGCAUGAUCCAGCAGGCGGACGCUGGCAUAGGCAUAGAGGGUAGAGAAGGAAAACAGGCCAGUCUUGCUGGCGACUUUAGCAUACCGCAGUUUUCACACCUCUCCCGUCUUCUUCUGGUACACGGCAGAAGAUCCUAUAAGAGGUCGGCUUCUUUAGCUCAAUUCGUCAUUCAUCGAGGAUUGAUUAUUUCCACAAUGCAGGCCGUUUUCAGCACCGUGUUCUAUUUGAGUUCUGUAUCAUUGUAUCAGGGAUUCCUGAUGGUUGGAUAUGCAACGGUUUACACGAUGUUUCCGGUAUUCAGCUUGGUACUUGAUCAAGAUGUCAGUGCUGAUAUUGCUCUAACAUAUCCGGAAUUAUAUAAGGAAUUGGCAAAAGGCAGAAGUCUUUCUUUCAAAACUUUCUUCAUGUGGGUGUUGAUAUCCAUUUAUCAGGGUGGAGUUAUAAUGUAUGGAGCCUUGUUACUCUUUGAAGAUGAAUUCAUCCACAUAGUAGCCAUCAGUUUCACAUCUUUGAUAUUAACUGAACUGAUCAUGGUGGCCCUCAACAUAAGAACAUGGCACAUUCUCAUGAUACUCGCGGAAAUUUUCUCAUUUGCCUUAUACGUUUUAUCCUUGGUUGUGCUACAUGACUAUUUCGAUGCCGAAUUCAUUAAAACGACAGACUUUUUCUGGAAAGUGAUCUGCAUCACAUUGAUAUCCUGUUUACCACUGUACAUACUUAAAUUUCUUAGAAAGAAAUUUUCUCCACCCAGCUAUACUAAACUUUCCUAAACACAUCUUAAAGACUAAAAUUAUCGCCUGUUUUGAGUGCGUCAUCAAACAUUUGAGUGCAGGGAUACUGAAGCAAUGCGAAUAAUAUCAGUAAAAAUUUUUUUUAUCACUUGCACCAUGUUUAUGUUGAAGUGGAAUUGAGAAUGAAGAAUAUGUCUUGAAAAAUAACUAUCAUUACAUUAAUUUUAUUUUGAAAUAUUUUUCAUUUUAUUAGACAGCAGUAUUUUACACUUAUAAGAUUUAAACAUCAAAAUUUUUUUAUUUCGAGUUGGUAUUACUAUUAUUCCAUCAUAAAAUAAUGUUUAAUUUCCCACAAAAUAAAAAAUUCUAUAUUUUAUUUUAAUUUUCAUGUUGCUAAUUAUUCUUCAAUCCUAUCAGUUGAAUAUAUUUUUGUUUCAAUAACUCGAUAUUCUAUGAGAAUAUUUUUCGUAUGAAAAGUUGGGCAACUCAAUUAAAGUGCAUGGUUUUUAUUCAAAUAUGGUUCCACCAAUUUGUCAAUAUGGACAGAGAGGGGGUUCUGAAAUUUUCGAGACGCUCAAUUCAACAGUUCAAUCAUCUCUAUACAGUAACUUGAAUUUGGUCAUCUGUGAUAAUUAUUUCUCCAGUUUAACUAAUAUAUUUUUGGUAAUAUUAUUUAUUGAUUAGGGUUAUUUCAUCUGUUCAAUUUCUGAAAAUGUUAAUGUGUCUGAAAAAUUAUGAAUAUCAUCAAUGCGUUUUUAAUUGAAUUUUUGUCUAAUAGUGAUGAUCUGUUGCAAAUAAAAUCAAUUAAAAUUUUCAUCUUAUGCUUCCCUAAUUGAAAUAUCAAUUGAAUUGCUACAAGUGCAAAUAAUAAUCUUCCCACUUUUUAGAAGCAAGUGUUUAAUUAAAAACUUUGCGUUUCUCUUAAUGCUUGUUUCAUUGAAUUUUUAGGAGUCUGACAUUAAUGUUUUGUAGAUUUUGUCGCUUUUAGUGAAUAACUAUUUUAUAUUGAAGAGUUAUAUAUUAUAUGUACACUGUUAAAAUUGAGUGAAAUUUCAAUAGUUUAUAAUUUAUGUAUUAAUAUAUUAUUAUUUGAAAACUA